AUGCGCGCCGCAACGCUCCUCCUCACCGCCGCCACGGCUCUGGCGUCCACCGUCGUCGCCAAGAACGGCUCCCCCUUCAACUACGAAAAGGCGCGCUGGGAGAACUCGCGCCACUGCCUCGUCUACGACCCGCCGAACCACGACGCCUCGAUCCACGACUGCCUGGGCGUGUGCGGCGACGCGUACAAGAAGAAGGCCGAGGCCGGCGACAUGGCGUCGAUCGGCUGCGUCGGCGUCGACGUGCACUACGAGGUUGAGCCCGGCACGAAGCUCAAGGUCGCCCAGGGCAAUUGCUCUUGCAACAAUGCGUUCUUGAACGAGAUCGCUGAGACGGUUAUUGAGGCGCUGCCGGCUAUUGCUGAGAUUGGCUGCGAGCUCACCAUGUCGGCGCUCAGCGUGGUGCUCGAGGUCGGCGAGGCCAUUGUCCCCGAAGUCGGCGAGACGCUGGACGCGGGCAUGAUCGCUGGUGUCGAAGCGGCCAAAGUCAUCGAAAAGGCCUACGGCACGGGCAAGAAGGCCGUCGAGCAGUACCAGAGCUGGCUGAACCCGUGCGGCGACACGUCUGCCGUGCCGGACGACGUGCAGAAGAUCUUCGACGUCAUGAACUCUUUCGACUGCAACAUGAUCCCCGGCAAGUGCAAGAACAACGUCAAGAAGGGCAAGCGGUCCGAGGUUGGCUUCGGCGCUUAG